GCCAAAUUCAAGGGGGAAACUUGGUCUUCUGCGUACAGUGCCUUCACAUCCACCGUGAGCAAGUUUGUCCGGAUGUUCAGACGCUUGAGCAACUGCGUCGUCUCGCAUCCUCAUUCCUCUCUUGCUGAUUCGGGUCGACUUUCGAUCGUGCAUACGAGAACGUGGCGGGGACUACUGUGCACGAGAUCCGCGGAAGAGUCAGAGUCUGUUUCUUUAUGGAGCCGCUAUUAUCUUUACCGAAAUGCUACUAGUGUUGCAAGGCAUGUGUAGCAAGUGUCGCACCUCUCGCAUCUUGGAGCCAUCGAUCUUCCACAACGAAAAGAAAAACGUUAUCCCAUCACCAUGGGUUCACUACGUGUUUACGCCGUCUCCGGCACGAUCCUCCGAUCCCGCAGAUACCCGCGGUCUUCCUUGACAUUUAGCCUCGAUAUGACCACUUUUGCCAAGCUCCACCCCUCAGAUCUAGCUAUCCGCGCGUGCUCUGCAUGGAGGCGCGAUGGGGGAGACACUCUGUGUUGGCAUGCUUAUAAACGACAUGGAAAGAGCAGAGAUGAGCUGCGCAUUGCUAGCGAGCAUGCGGUGAAGAGUGGGCGAUCUCAGUCGUUGAACUCCGCACAUGACCUACCCCACCGGGAGAAGAUGUGGAGAGAACGUAUGGAACGUGUACGUCGUAUGGUUGAGCUCGAUCCCUACGAAGCGCUCUUUGGAUAUAGUAACAGAAUCUUGAGAGGAAUGAGACCUGAUUGGACCAGUGAUUCUGUAAGCUGGUGGCGCAAAGAAAUAAACUUCGUCGUAAAGAACCCGUCUGCCGCGGGAAAAAAGGUCGAGAUUGAGAGCGACGGAUCACAAACCGCGAUAGGAGCGAAGCAGCAGUCAAUAAGAGACGGCGAUGACAUGGCCUCCCUCAAUACCCGCACUGAAUCUAUUAGCUCUGAGGCUGUACCAGAAGUUAAUCUUGUGUAUGACCCAAUCACCAACCGUAUGGUAGAAAAGGAUAUUACGGACAAAUAUCCUGUCGACAUCCGACCUUCUAAAGGAGAAACAGAAGUCAUCCACGAAAACACUGAACAUGUAGACAUCAUGAAUCCCCUCGAUGACAGCGUCAGACCGGUCGAACAACGAAAAGAUGGGGAUGCUGAUGUUUCAAUCAAGCCUCGUAGCAAAGUUACGAGUUUCAACAUGCCGAAGGAGGAACUGCCUGAAGAGUGGAGAGCUUUUCCGAAUAUUUCUUUAGAGGCUGGCUCUCCUCCGCGCGCAGAAUACGAGGCAUACAAGUCGAGGCGCUUUCCCAAAAUUGUCGAAUCAGAAAAGUGGCUCAUGGAUGAAAGAUUAAAAAUCUUUGACGACUCAAGCACUGCCAUGGGACUACGAAGUAAUCGGACAGAUAUGGAGACUCAAUUCGAUAUACUCCAUUCUGGCGAGCAAGAGGUAGCAGAGGAGCAUCUCGUAGAUAGGAAGCCUUUGUCGGUUCGACAAAACAAGGGAGCAAAUGUGUCCAGCCCUAUAUUAGCUGAGUGGCGUGAGAAAGCAACGUUCAAUAUGGCUGCGUAUGGCCAAGAACAGGCCGAACAGAAACCCCGCGAUCAUACAAUUCAAAUUCUUGGUAAAAACUCGAGGACUCAGGCGCGGAUUGAGCAAGUGAACUCAAAAGAAGAGGACCCUCUUAAUAAGCAGAUUCUCCAUCCUUCAUUGAAUAUCAACGCAAAAAGAGACAUUCUCAAUUACACAAGAGAAGUCGCAAACACCAAUAUAUGGACAAAGUACUUCGCAGAUCAGGUCAAAGCGAGGCAAGAAGCAGAGGACCUUCUUUGCGAGAUUCGAAACAAGAACAUUCAAUCAUUCAACCAUGGGAGCCAAAAUUUCGAGGAGGGAAGCAAGAAGCGUCAUGAGCUGCGCGAUUUGCUAUUAGAAGGACUCCAUGAAGUCAAAAAAACGCUGCAGGAGGCCAGAGAAGAGAUCAAGGCCAUCGAGACACGUGGAGAUAGAGAGGAAUUUAAAGCGGAAAAGAGGCUAGAAGGACACCUAGAGCAGCAUCAAGAAAGAGACGGUGCUUCUGCAAACACUCCUCUUGAGACAAGUCUGCAACGAAUGAAUAAGAAAUCGACAUCAAAUCCAGGGCCAGUCGAAAUCUCUACGGAAACUUUCAGCGCGCAGAUAAGAACUCAUGAUCCUGUUGGGUAUAGCCAUGAACGUGAAUCGAAGCGCCUUAAGUAUCUCUCGUUGGAAACAGAUCAAUCCUUGAGAGAUCGAUCUUUGGCUGACAUGGUUGGAAACACGAUGAAGGCUAAGCAAAAGGACAGGGAGCCGAUUGUAAUGUCGAAAAUAAGCUUAGAAGCUGCUAAGCUUAACAAUGAGAUCGAUGCCCAGAAGACCUCUUUAAAAAGCUAUGAGACAUUUCGAAGAUCCUCUGAGGCACAAAAUAUAGCAGAAGACGCCGCGAAUAGAGGGAGCGAGUUGUCAGACCCGCAGGCUGAGACUAAGGAGUUGGAUCCAAAGGAGAGUGAUAUUGCGCUCCUGGGAGAGAACCGACAUGUCGACGAGGACGCGGAUGGACCAACUACGGCAAGCCAUACGCACCCGUUGAAAGUAAAAGCAGAUUCGACUGUUCAGAAGAACGACGAGAAUGAGGUGUUACCCGAUGUCAAUAUGCCAUCCUACGACGUUGGGGCUGCUCAAAAUGCCGAGACACCGAAAAAGAUAGAGGCUCCUACACCAGCAUCUCAAGUCGAGUCAGUCGAGCCGGAACCUGCAACGUGUCUCUCACCCCCGGCUCCAGCCAAAGUAGUGAGAUACAAGAUCCUGGCCUAUGACGCCAAGUCAAAGAAGAUGACAACCGCUUCAUUUGAGAGUGUUUUCUUCCCAAAUGAGACCAUAAUCCCUACGACAAUCACGCUCCGCCAUCUCACAUAUGCAAACAGAUUCUUACCAAAGCUUGUCAAAUGGCAGCAUCAAGGCUUUGUGCCUGUUCAUGCAGAAGGAAACUUACUCAUCCUCCGUCAAGAUGCAGAGAGCAAGGCUGAUGCCAAUAGUGCUUUUGAUCUGAGCGAUGCUCUUGUACAGGAAGAGAGCGUAGCCGACGAUGGCAAGCCUGUGGAGACGAAGGAGCCUAAGCGUUUAGAGCCCGUCUUUAGCGGCAGAUAUAGCCAGAAGUACGCGGAAAAUGCGUGGAGAAAAUGGAAGGAUAUGCGGCGACAGGCUCGAAUUGCUCAGAGGAGACGCUUCAAGAGAGUCAUCAAAUUCAUGGCAGGAUGCGUAGUGGUCUCCGGUGCGAUGAUUUAUAUUGCAGGCGUUGUGGCGGAGGUAAGGCACGAUCGUGGCAGGAGAAAGUUUGUGGUAAGCGAAGAGAAGAGAAUUUAAUGAUGGGAACUAGAUGUACUGCAUAAGACGUGUUUGAGACCUUCGUUGAGUUGUUUUCUUGAACAAGAUAACUCUGGAACGGUAAGAGACUGUUCAUGACUAACGUACAAUACAUUUCUGACAUCUUUUCAGAUGGCUGGACUUCUCCCUACUCUUUAUACAAGUCUCAAGCAAUGGCGAUUGAUAAGGAUAAAUUCACUUCUUGUACAUAAAACUUGAUCAUCUUGUCAUGUUUGGGCAGGAACGAUGUCUCGUCUCCAAA